UUGUGGCUGGGCAAGGCCAAGCGCGAGGAGAUCGAGCACCGCCGCAGGGUGGAGGACAUCAUCGACUUCCUCGAGAUCGAGGGCUGGCGCAAGCACCCGGUGGCACUGCUGCCCUACGGCAUCCAGAAGCGGGUGGAGCUGGGCCGGGCUCUGGCCAUGGACCCCGAGCUGCUCAUGCUCGAUGAGCCCGUUGCCGGGAUGAACCUCGAGGAGACCGAGGACAUGGCCCGGUUCAUCCUCGACAUCCGCCGCGAGCUCGGCAUCAGCCUGCUCAUGGUGGAGCACGACAUGGGCUCUGGUGAUGGAUAUUGCCGGACCGGGUGA